GAAGAAGCCUCCCAUCUGCGAAAGCUUCGGCCCCCACGGCCGGCCGGCCGCGGGUUUUGAAGCCAUUUCGUGCACAACGGCACGGCGCUAAAACGAGGCGAUGGACACGAGAAGCUCGCUGCAGCAGGGGGCGGUGGGGGCCAUUGGGUCGCUGCCGGGCACCAUCUGUGCGCACCCGCUGGACGUGGUGAAAAUCCGUUUGCAGACUACGGAUUGCGGCUCGCACCUCACCGCGGCGCGGAGCAUCUUCUACUCCAAGGGGCUCUGCGGGUUCUACCAGGGUCUGAUGCCAGCGCUGGAGCAACGCUUCCUGUCGCGAGGGCCCAUGUUCCUGGUCUCGGAGGUGUGCACCCAGCAGGUGUCGAAGCACUUGGCGUGCAACGAGCUGCAGGCGAGGGCCUGCGGGUCCAGCCUCAGCGGAUAUUUGGUAGGCUUCCUACAAGGCCUCCCCGAGUACCGGAAGAAGCUGUUGAGCCAGGGGGUGGUCACAGCAUCUGAUGCACGUUGGGGCCGUCUGUGUCAAGAGGCCUACGGCGCAGGGCUGUGGCGCACCGGCCUGCUGCGGCGCAUGCACGCGGCCGCGUUGUGCUGCUCCGCGUUCGACGGGACCUUCUUUUGCACCCGGGAUCUUCUUCUGCGGCAUUUCUCGCACCCCUUGGCCUACGGCCUGGCCGCGGCCGCGGCCGUGCUGGUGGCGUAUCCCAUCGACACCGCGGUGUCCAGGAUGAUGAUUGUUCCGCCGCGGCAACCGGUCGCUCGCCUGAGACACUACAUCUUCCCUGAUGCCCGAGCAUUUCGGGGCCUGCCCGCGCGCGCGGGCGAGUUCUUCAUCUCCUACGCAGUCACCGGCACGGUGGAGAUGCUGUUCCUCGCCUCACGGUGAGGUUGUGAGGUCUGAGAUGCAUCCACCGUAACGUUUGGGGUGUCCUAAAAGACGGUUGCCGGACUUUACCCUUCCUCCAACAAACAUAGCACCUG